AUGACAAAAGUUAAUUUACGAAAGUACAUGUUAAGUGGAGUGGAUUUAACAUAUCUCGGCUUUCCAGUUGAAUUGACUCAUUAUCCUGGUUGUGCUUUUAUUGUAUAUCAAGAGCAACAUCCAAGAUAUCAUCAACCAUAUUCACGUGUUAACAACCAAAACAAUAAUAACAGCGGCAAUAAUAAAUAUAUAAACAAUUCUCUACAACACACUUUUAAUGUAAAUGCACGUGAAUUUGUACCAAGUCAAGUGUCAAGUGAUAAAUUAAAAACUGCAGACAGUGAUAGUGAUAGUACAUCAAGUUCAUCAUCCUCAUUAUCCGAUUGGUCAGAUGAAACAUGUGAAAGUUUAGGUUCAAGUCCAACAACAUGGAAUAAUAUAAAUCAAACACAAACUGUUGAACAUUCUUGUGUUCGUUGUUUCGAGAAUUUCUUAAUAAACCGUGAAACAAAUGAAUAUAUUACAAAAGAUAAAUGCAUAUAUCAUUGGGGAAAAUUACGUAAUAAUUAUUAUAAUCCAAGUGAUUCCAAGUGGAACUGCUGUAAUGGUGAAGAAAAUUCAAGCGGUUGUACUGAAGGAAAUAUGCAUGUGUGGACUGGCAUAACACAAGGUUGUAAUGGACCACUUGAUGGAUAUGUACGGACAAAACCAUCACGUGUAAUUUCAUGGGAUGAUAAUUAUGGUGUUUAUGCGCUUGAUUGUGAAAUGUGUUUUACUAAAAAUGGUCUUGAAGUUGUUAAAGUGAGUGUUGUUGAUAUGAAAAAAAAUAUUGUGUAUGAUACACUAGUUAAACCAAAUAGUGAAAUUAUUGAUUAUAAUACAAGAUUUAGUGGUAUUACAAAAAGUAUGUUAAAGAAUACAAAAAAAACUUUAAAAGAUGUGCAAAAAGAUUUAUUGACAUUCAUAAGUGCUGAAACAAUACUCAUUGGUCAUGGUUUAGAAAAUGAUUUAAAAGCAUUAAAAAUAUUACAUUCGAUGAUUAUUGAUACGUGUGUUGUGUUUCCUCAUUUUUUGGGUUAUCCAUUUAGAAGCAGUUUAAAAACACUUGCAAGAACAGUAUUGAAAAAACAAAUACAACUAAGUGAACAUGAUUCAAUUGAAGAUGCUAAAAUUGUUGUUGAUUUAUUAUUGGCAAGAGUUAAGCAUGAUAAUACAAAAUCAUUACAUAUGUAA